AUGGUCAAAUACGUCGAAGGAUCAUUUGACGAAGACUAUAUUCAAACUCUAGGGGUCAACUUCAUGGAUAAGAAAAUCCAGAUACGAAGUACCAACAUCACAUUUCUGAUCUGGGAUUUGGGCGGCCAGAAGGAGUUUAUCAACAUGCUCCCGCUCGUGUCCAAUGACGCGGUGGCCAUCUUGUUUAUGUUUGACUUGACGAGAAAGUCCACGCUCAAUUCCAUUAAGGAGUGGUACCGGCAGGUCCGAGGCUUCAAUAAGACAGCCAUUCCGUUUUUGGUGGGCACCAAGUACGACGAAUUCAUCGACAUGCUGCCUCAGGACCAAUUGGAGAUAACCCAGCAGGCCAAGAAGUUUGGCAAGGCCAUGAAGCUGCCGGUAGUAUUCUGUUCGACGAGUCACUCCAUCAAUGUGCAGAAAAUCUUCAAGAUCAUCUUGUCAAAAGCGUUUGACUUGAAGUUGAACCUAGAGGAGAUCGUCAAUGUGGGCGAGCCUAUUCUCAUAUAUAAGUGA